CCAUGCACAGACCUAGAACCUGCGUUCUCCUUCACUAAUGAAACAUACCUGAAGUUCAGUGCUCAGGUGCUGCCUUUUAUCUAUCGUGCGAUUGGUUCAAAGCAUCUUCCUGCCAGUAAUAUCAGCUUUGUUCACCUUGAUUCCCAUCCAGACCUUCUUAUUCCUGUGAAUAUGCCUGCAGACACUGUAUUUGACAAAGAAGCUCUUUUUAGUGAAUUAAGUAUUGAGAACUGGAUUAUGCCUGCUGUUUAUGCUGGUCAUAUUUCUCAAGUAGUAUGGCUUCACCCACCUUGGGCUCAGCAGAUCUCAGAAGGAAAGCACCAUUUUUUAAUUGGGAAAGACAGAUCAACAACUACAAUCAGGGUUACGGGUACAGAUCAUUACUUUUUAAGUGAUGGUCUUUAUGUCCCUGCUGAUCAGCUAGAAAACCAGAAGCCUUUAAAUUUACAUGUCGUUCUCAUCAAUCCUACUGAAGCAUCAAGCAGGCAGGAAGAAAAUGGCAAAGUAGCGUCUGCUAAGAGACUGAAGCUAGCUACAGAUGACAUAGCAAGCACUGCUUCUGCCUCUUCAUCAGUGGCUCCUGGUGACCUUGAUCACAGCACCCCAAGUCUGAAGAAGAAGGAAGUACAAAAUGCAAGCGCACUGAACAAGGCAGAAACAUUGUCAGAGUGUUCAGCUUCAAGCACUCUCAGAAACAGCGAAUGCCCAAUAAGGGAAGUUGUUGAAGAUGUCUGCCAAGUGUUGCAGAAAGGGGACGCGUAUGUUUUAGACAUAGACUUAGACUUUUUUUCAGUUAAAAAUCCAUUCAAAGAAAUGUACACACAGGUAAGCAUGACAAUCGAGAGGCCUCUUAACCAUUCACAAAAGAGUCCUAGCAUUUACUCGGUGGAUAAG